ACUUGUUUUGUUUUCGUGUGGAUUACAGAAAUAAUGAAUUAUAAAAAUUAUAAGGAAAUAUAUGAAAACAUUCUAUAAACAGCAAAGUGUGUAUGAAAAAUAUAUUACAUUUAUAGUGUUUUUUAUUAAUAAACAUGAGUGAGCGGAACAAAUCAACUUUACGAAUAGACUGGUUCGACGGUACACUUAUAGAAGAUAAUCAUCAGAUUACUGAAGAUGCAUCACAAUUUGCAGAUGAAGACCAGGUCCAACCUGAAACAUCUACAAAGCCCCAAUUUACGGAAAAGAAACCAAUUGGCUUCAAAAGACUUCUCGACUUAUCAUUCUUAGAACCUCCAGUUUUAACACUAGAAAUAUCACAUAGACCUGGCUUCUGGAAUCUUUUAGAUAUAGAAUUAAAAGGAGACUUUAUUGUCUUAAUAGUAAAAAUAUUAGCACGUAUUUACAGAUCACUAGAACCUGGUGAAAACUCGAGAAUUGCGUCCCAAUUGAAGUCGAGAUUUGAAAAAUCAAAUUUCUUGAUCACAAUUAAAAAUUAUCUGGCCAGUUUGCCAUCCGUCAGAAUUGUAGAGAAAAAAAUGAAUUUUCAAUUAUGGAAUGAUGCAGAAUUAUUUUUUAGUGAUGUUAUAUUGCUUUGUGAGGGUCUUGUACAUUUUGGUGGACAUUCUUUAGAUUAUAUAAAAGAAGUUUAUGAGUUAUUGGAUGUAGCUGAUGAAAGUGCUGUUGGUGUAAAAGAAGAACAUACAGAGACAUUUAGCAAUGAAUUAUUUACUAGAAUAGAUCAAUUGAAACUAAGAAUAUCAAAAAUUAUUAGUGAGGAUCCUAGUGAACAAAUCGUAUUUGAUAAUAAAAUACCGGACAAUAAAUGUGAUGACCCAAACAAUUACAAAAAUCUCCAUAUUUUUCCUCAAAAAGAUGACUUGUUAGGAAGAAAUAAGUUAAACAUACAGCCCAACAUAAUAAAUGGAGUGUAUACAAGUGUGCAACAUUAUCUAGAUUUGCAAUUCAAAUUGUUACGAGAAGACUACUUUGGCACAUUAAGAGAUGGAAUAUGUAAAUAUAUGGAGAAUCCAGCUAAGAGAAGACAUGAAAAUAUUAGAGUGUACCCAAAAGUACGUAUUAUUCGCACAUAUGUCAGCAACAACAAAGUGGGUCAUCUUAUUGAUAUUGCAUGGAAGGAACGCAACUCACAUAGCUCCAUUGAUAAUAAGAAGUUGGGAUACAACAAGCAAUUGAUGUUUGGAUCAUUGUUACUGUUUACUUGUGAUAAUUUUGAGAAUAUUUUGUGUGCUACUGUUCUUGAUUCUGGGAUGAAUCUAUUGGGCAAUGGUUAUGUGGCAGUUUCAUUUCAGAACCCGAUAUCGGAGAAAAAAAUCUCAGAAUCUUAUCUGAUGGUAGAAAGUGAAGUGUUCUUUGAACCCUAUCAUAGAGUUCUCAAAGUGUUACAGAACUCUCGCAAUGAUGAUUUGCCUAUGAAGAAAUACAUAGUUGAUGUUCAGAAUGCAUCACAGCCACCUGCAUAUUUAAACUCAGAAACGAUAUAUAUUACAGAAACAAACUCUGAAGAGAUAUCUUUUCCAGUUUUGGAUUUAGAACACUGGCCUACAAGCGACACACUAGGCCUGGAUAACUCUCAAUGGGAGGCCUACAAAUUUGCUCUAACAAGAGAAUUUGCCGUCAUUCAAGGUCCGCCAGGCACUGGCAAGACUUUCAUUGGGGUCAAAAUUGCUUCUACUCUACUAAAGAAUCUAUCACUAUUAGGUACUCCAAUGUUGAUAAUUUGUUAUACAAAUCACGCCCUUGAUCAAUUCUUGGAAGGCAUUUUAGAUAUCACUAAGAAUAUAAUAAGACUAGGUAGUCAAAGCAAGAGUAAAAUAUUAGAACCUUACACAUUGCAUAAUAUGAGAAUGCAAAUGAAGUCCAAAUAUUCAUAUAUGUAUAGAAAUAAGAGAUCAGAAUUAGAGAAGAUAUUUAAAGAGAUGACUGAUUUACAAAGUGAGAUAGAGAAAUGUGAGAAAGAGAUCCUCACGUAUAAAACAAUUAAACCAUAUCUUAAGAUUGGUGACAAAACAUAUGAAUUAAUGGAAUCUAAUGAGGAUCCUAUGUUAAACUGGCUUUUUGAUGAUACAAAGAAGGUAGAAAUAGAGGCAGAAGAAUUAGAAGACUGGGAGAAACAGUUUGAUGACGUGAAUAUUGAUUGUGAGCAGUUAGAAACGUGCUUUUCCGAAGAAUGGGCUUUGAAAGAAAUUGAUUCUAUGUUGAAUAGUAUAAAAUAUGUUAAAGACAUAACAGAUGACCCUUUAGAGAAGCAACAAAUGACAGACAAGUUUGAGGCUCAAAUAAACAGAGUCAAGGGGAUGUUGAAUUGUUUUAAACGGAAUAUACCAACCUCAGAAAAUGCUGUAAAUUUAGAAGACAAUCUGCCAAACGUGAAAGAUCUCUACAGCUUGAAUCUGAAACAACGAUGGACGAUGUACAAUAAUUCAGUGGUAUCUAUCAAAAGCAAAUUGAUGACUAAAAUGAACACUCUAUUGGAACAACACAACAAAUGCAACGACGAGUUAAACGAAGUGGCAACACUUAUCGAUGGUGAUGUGAUGAAUGCAGUGAGGGUGGUCGGUGUUACCACCACCACGGCAGCGCGUCGACACGAUCUCAUGAAGAAGCUGCUCUCACCUAUAGUGAUAGUGGAAGAAGCUGCUGAAGUGCUAGAGGCUCAUAUAGUGGCAUCUCUAACAUACCAUUGCAAACAUCUCAUACUUAUUGGUGACCAUAAACAACUAAGACCCACAGCGGCCCAGUAUAAACUAGCCAGAGACUACAACUUGGAGAUAUCCUUGUUCGAACGUAUGGUACGAAAUGGUAUUCAUUCGCGUACUCUCACCACACAACGUCGGAUGAGACCCAACUACGUAGAACUGCUCGUCCCAGAAUUAUACAACAGAUUGGACAGUCACCCUACAGUGUACAGUUACAAUAAUGUGAGGGGAAUGGCGGACAAUUUGUAUUUUUUCAAUCAUGACGUUUAUGAAGAUUCUGAGGGACUGGAAGACAGUUGGAGUCAUAAGAACAAUUACGAAGCUAAAUGGUGCACAGCUCUAGCUAACUAUCUACUGGGCAUGAAAUACAAAUCUGAUGAAAUAACAAUAUUAUCUACAUACACUGGACAGGUUUCACUUAUUAAAGAGAUGAGUAGAAAGUACAGCACAAUUCGAGAGGUGAAAGUGACACCAGUGGAUAAUUACCAAGGCGAAGAGAAUAGGAUUAUCAUACUCUCACUCGUAAGGAGUAACAGAGACGGCAAUAUAGGUUUCUUGUCAGCUCCUAAUAGAAUAUGCGUGGCUUUGUCAAGAGCUAAAGAAGGAUUUUACUUAUUCGGUAACAUGAAGACACUGCAAUCAGCGAGUAAUACAUGGAGAUCAAUUAGUGAUAAAUUACAAGCUCAAAACGCAAUAGGAGAUAAGUUAAGGAUAGAAUGUGAGCAUAAGAAACAAAUUGAGGUCACUCGUCCCGAGGAUUUAGAUAAUUAUCAGUCAUGCACGUGUUUAAAUAUUUGUGUGAAGAAAUAAUAUAUUUAUAAUAAUAAUUUAUACAUUUUGCUUGCUACAUGAUACAGUUUUAGAUCAUACCAUAUAAGAGUACAUGACAUGCAGCACCCCGUAGAGGUAUGCAAAUAUUGAAAAUGAUACCAUAAUGUGAAGAAUAGAAGAAAUAUAUUCCCAUUGUAUACCUUCAAGACUGUUAUUCCGGAUGGGAAUAAAACUCAAUAUAA